AUGCCGCCGCUGCAGUCCUCCGCCUCUGCGCUCCGUGGGCUCAACAACAGCCGUCGUCCGGCCUGCGCCGCCUCUCUCCAGCACCUCGGACUCCUCCGCAGCUCCCGUCCUCCUGAUCGGGGAUCUGGGCGCUCGUUCUCCCACCACAUCGCCUCUGAAAACGCCAUUCCCUCCAUCUGGUCUCAUCGUUCAGCCACUUCCGCAUUACGUCAUCACAACAAUCCACACACCACACCUCCUGGAUUCACCUGCAUUGACAACCCCGGUUCAGAUGGACGGGGUGGCGGCACUGCAGUAAUUUUCAAUAAGGACAUUAAAUUAACUCCCAUAUCCCUCACAAACACCCACUCCUUCGAACACACUGCCUUCAAACUGUCCGGUCCCUCUCCACUUGUCACUGCUGUCAUCUACCGUCCCCCAAAGCCCAACACCUCCUUCCUAUCAGAACUCACAGACUUUUUGACCCAGUUAAGUGCCAUCUCCUCAUCCAUCCUCCUGCUCGGUGACUUCAAUUUUCACAUUGACAAUCCAAACUCCAAACCUGCUGCUGAAUUCCUGGACCUUCUCACCUGCUUCAAGUAUGUAAAUUUUCCCACACACAAUCACGGCCAUAUUCUCGAUCUCAUCUGCUCCACUGGUCCCACUAUACACAACCUUUCCAGCCAUAACCUAAACAUAUCGGAUCACUUAGCCAUCACAUUCAGCAUACACAUUCCCCUCACAGCCCCCAAAACAAAACGUGAAAUAACCUUCAGAAACCUCAAAUCCAUCGAUCCACCUGCACUUUCAGCCCUUCUCACCACCAAACUGACCACCUCCCCUCCACCACCGUCCGAUAACCCCUCUGAUCUGGUCUCUCAUUGCAACAACACUCUCUCCUCCUGCCUCGAUGAACUUGCCCCCACCAAAACAAAGACAGUGUCUUUCACCCACACAGCCCCCCGGUACACCCCCGAGCUCCAUCAGAUGAAAUCCUCCAAGCGCCAGCUUGAGAGACUGUGCAAAAAAUCUGGUCUUACUGUGCAUUUACAAAUCUACACAGAAUACAUUCAGCAAUACAAAGAUGCACUCAACUCUGCUCGGUCCUGUUAUUACUCCAACCUUAUCCACUCCGGCUCCAAUAACCCCAAGUUAACACAAAUUUUAUCUGGUAUUAAAACUCCAACAUGCUCCCUGGAUCCCAUUCCCUCCUCACUCAUUAAAACCUGUCUUCCCAUAAUCUCUCCACUCAUCACUCAAAUCAUAAACUCCUCACUCUCAUCCGGAUCUGUCCCACAGUCUCUCAAGCUGGCUGCCAUCACCCCCAUUCUCAAAAAACCUGGUCUCGACCCCGACAACCCUGCAAACUUCCGGCCCAUUUCCAACCUUCCCUUUCUGUCCAAAGUCCUCGAACGAGUCAUUGCUUCUCAACUCCAAACCCACCUCAGCUCAAACAGUCUAUAUGAACCCUUCCAGUCCGGCUUCCGUUCAAAACACAGCACUGAAACAGCUCUAUUAAAAAUCACCAAUGAUCUCCUCCUCUCUUCUGAUUCUGGCCAUCUUAACAUCCUCAUCCUCCUGGAGCUCACUGCAGCUUUCGACACCAUCAGCCACUCCAUCCUCCUGUCUCGCCUCAAAUCCACCCUCAACAUCACCGGCUCCGCUCUGUCCUGGUUUCAGUCAUACCUCUCCGAUCGUCAACAGUUCGUCCACAUCAACCGCUGCUCCUCCUCCAUAGCCCCCCUGCCACAGGGCGUUCCCCAAGGUUCGGUGCUUGGUCCUCUCCUCUUCAUCCUCUACAUCCUCCCCCUCGGCAACAUCAUCCGUCGUCACGGUCUCCGCUUCCACUGCUACGCUGAUGACAUACAACUUUACAUCUCCACCACAUCCAUACACCCCAACAUCCACUCCACCCUCACCCAGUGCCUCACAGACAUCACAACAUGGAUGAAUCACAACUUUCUCAAACUAAACAGUGACAAAACAGACAUCAUCAUCAUCGGUCCUCACAACAUCACCAAAUCCGCACAACAGUUCACCUUAGAUAACUCUACACUCACUCCAUCCCCGCUGAUCCGCAACCUCGGUGUUCUCCUCGACCCCACUCUAUCAUUUGACCCCCACAUCAAACACAUAACCCGGACUGCAUUCUUCCACCUCAAAAACAUAGCUCGACUCUGCCCAUCACUCUCCUUCUCUGCUGCUGAAACUUUAGUCCAUGCUUUCAUCACUUCCAGAAUCGACUACUGCAACAGCAUUCUUUACGGUACACCAUCCAAAACCCUCAAUAAACUACAGUACAUUCAAAACUCCGCUGCCCGCCUCCUCACCCACACCCGCUCCCGUGAACACAUCACCCCUGUCCUCCACAAGCUCCACUGGCUCCCCGUCCCUCAGCGCAUCCACUUCAAACUCCUCCUGAUCACCUUCAGAGCUCUCCAUCAUCUGGCCCCUCCAUACCUCACAGACCUGCUCCACCUCCACACUCCAUCUCGCUCCCUCCGCUCCUCCUCCUCCACCUCCACCCUGCUGUCCUUGCCAUGUAGGACCAGAAAGAGAGCUGUGUCAAGAGUCACUUUGUCCUGUCGGGAUGUGGACGCCCUGACGGCUCUGUGCAAAAUUUAA